AUGAAGGCCGUCAUCUUCUCCCUCAUCGCCUCGGCUGCCAUUGGCACCGUCAGCGCCAAAGAGCUCGAGAUCAAGGUGACACUCCCUGUCGAGUGCGAUCGCCGGACCAAGAGCGGCGACAACAUUCAGGUUCACUACCGCGGAACCUUGGCCUCUGAUGGUUCCCAGUUCGAUGCCAGCUAUGACCGUGGCUCGCCCCUUCCCUUCAAGCUCGGUGCCGGUCGCGUCAUCAAGGGUUGGGAUGAGGGUCUUUUGGACAUGUGCAUCGGCGAGAAGAGACUCUUGACGAUUCCCCCCGAGUACGGCUAUGGUCAGCGCGCCAUGGGACCUAUCCCGGCCGGCUCGACUUUGAUCUUCGAGACGGAACUCAUGGGCAUUGAUGGUGUUCCCAAGCCUGAGAAGAUCGUCACUAAGGCCGCCGAGAGUGCAAGCGAGGUGGUCGAGGAGGCAGAGACCAAGAUUGUGGAGAAGGUCGCCAGUGCCGCAAGCGAGGCCGCCGAGGUGAUUGGUACCAUUGUGGCUGAUACCGAUGACGGCCAGGAGCAUAAUGAGCUUUAA